AUGUCUGACAAGGAGCUAUGUCACCUGACUGGAGCCUGGCCUAAGCUCCAAAUCCUCAUAAUCAGCUGCUGUGUCUCGGUCGAAUCGGAUACUACCGCAGUGCCUACAUUCCACGGGUUAAUACGUUUACUUCGACUCUGCCCCGCUCUAAUUUCACUCGCUCUUGUCAUCGAUACCACCAAGCUAGAUGGCAUUGAUCUCAAAAGCCCCGGCGGUGAAUAUUUCACCAAGAAUCUCAAAGACCUCAUCCUUGGCAAUUCAGUCAUCGAUUCCCCGCUAAAUGUAGCUCUCAUCCUCAGCAGUCUCUUCCCCGACCUCGAGCAGGUCAAUCUUGAUUGUUGGAAUACAGUCCUCAUGGAUUCACUACCCCAGAAGAAGCCAGCGAUGGAGCAAUGGGCAUCAGUCAAUAGCUUUCUUCGUGGUUUCAGAAUUGUAAGGGAGCUGCCUGGCACAUCGUAA